GCGCCCCCCGACCCCGCGCCCGACGCGGCCUCCGCGCACGCCUAGCCCGGCCCCAAGCUCACUCCUGCACUGUAACUUAGAUGUAACUCUCAGCAUAGUUAGUAUUGGCAUUGUAUUCAAAAUCGGUUCUAAGGAAUCCUAGGUAUACUAUGUAUGAUGAAUAUUCGUAAUUAUUAGUAUGUAAGUAAGUUUAAAUGGCUGUGUGGUUCUCACUUAACGAUAAGCCACUCAAAUGAUGUAGACUAACGCCCGAAAUUAAUAAUCUAUCCAGAUUGAUCGAUUAUUGAUUUCAGCCGUAGAUAUAUGAUGUAUGUAGCGACAACUCUGUAACGACCUACUUUAAGUGUCAAUGCAUUUCCAAGUAUAUUUAUUAGGGCAACAUUAUCCAGCCCGUUAGUAGCGGUCUAGUAGCCGCCCAUGUCUCCAUGCCGAAACCAUUGUAUUCGCGAACACCGACAGCGCAUAACGCGAACUUAUCACUUCAAUAACUCGACGCGAAUGGUAUUGUUUCACUCUCAGCUGUCAUUUUGUCCCGCGUUAUCGACAAUUUAGCCGUUUACGUUCACUUUUAUUUUGACUGCAAAAAAAAACCUUUAUCGUGUCAUUUUAUUGCUUUCAAAUGUUUUGGAAACAUUUGAUUCACAGUUGUACAGAAAACAAUCUUAGGUGCAGUACUGUACCACAGUACCGCAAUAAAAAAUAUUAUAAUUACGAUUUUAAGAUUUAAAUAAACAAUGGUUUUAAUUAUUUGUUUUGUGUCUUUAAUUUAUUACUCGUUUGCUGCGGAAACCCAAGAAACCCAGGAAACAGGACAACAAUAUUACAGAAUUUCUAUGGUAUCAUCGCAUGAGAAUCCAGGUAGCCCAGCGUUGUUUGUCCACGGUGAGAGCCCAGUGUGGGACGCCGAAAUGCAGAGCCUAUACUUUGUGGAUGUUCGUGAGAAUAAAGUGCAUCGCCUCGACUACGUGUCCGGCAAGAUUUAUACGAAACACAUCAACUACGGUGAAGUGACAGUAGUGUCCUUGGUAACGGGAUCCCACCGGCUGCUGGUCGCCGUGCGGUCCAGCCUGUAUCUGUUGGAUUGGGCCAUCGCCGGCGACGCGGCACUGCGCCUGCUCACCACAGUAGACCAGGGACAACCGGAUAACGUCAUCAAUGAGGGGAAACCUGAUGCGGAAGGACGGUUUUGGGCAGGAACAAAAGGUCCUCAGACCGGCGACGACGUGUUACCAGACAAGGCGACCCUUUACAGCAUCGAACAGGAGAGCUUCACGAAGCCUCGCAUCCUAGUGCGGCCGGUGUCUGUCUCGAACGGCAUCACGUGGUCGCUCAACAACACCGUCAUGUACUACAUAGACUCGCCGACACAGAAAAUUGAAGCUUUCGACUUUGACUUGCAAAGAGGAGACCUGACUGGUCGACGAACAAUAUUAGACAUCACUGGUUAUGGAUACGACGACGCCGUACCUGAUGGCAUGACCAUCGACAGUCAAGGGAAUCUUUGGGUCGCGCUCAUGUUUGGAGGAACUGUACUACACGUAGAUCCCGACACUAGAUCAAUAGUGUUCGGGUACAAACUGCCCGUGUCGCGCGUGACGUCAGUCUGCUGGGGCGGGCCAAGUCUCGACGAGUUGUUCGUGACUACUGCGCGGGACAACUUAGACGCCACGCUUGAACCGCUCGGCGGCGCCAUCUUUACUAUACGCGGCACAGGCAGUAGAGGCGUUCAGCCGCACAUGUUCCGAUUCGAUAACGCCGACUUUUAUUGAUCAAAUUUUUGUAUAUGUAUAAUAAUUGAUUAGAUUAAAUAGUCUUUUUUUAUUUGA